CAAGCUUAGGUUCGAAAGUUGUCGUGUGGCAUAAUAGCGGUUACUAAAGCGAUCAAGCUUGUUUAUCGAUUCUGUUUAACAAGUAAUGGUUAUCUGGUUCCGUGAGUCACUAAAUACGAGUGUUAAUUUGCGGUGAAACUCGUGCCGUAAGUUAACAGUAAACCUUUAAAAUUAUGCGGUGACGGUGGCUUGCGAAGUCGAACUCAAACAAUAGACUCCAACCCUAGACAUUCAAUGUCGGCAUCGUUGAGGGAAAGGUGAAUAUGUAGCACCUUGGCGAAUUUCCUCACCGGAAUCUAAGAGCUAUUUCCAUUCCUUCAAAUUAUGUCUCGUGUGCAGCGGGCUCUCCAACUGGAAGAUGACGAACCGGUGUCAGAAGUUACAGUUAAGCUUGAGUACGUGGACUCGUCUGAGCUGGUGGAGUCCGUGAUGACGAGUCCAUCUCCGUACCAUCUGUUGGAUCAUGAGUAUGGCCAGACUCCUCAGAACCAGAUCAUGACCGGACCCCCCGCCCAGCCCCCCCGCUCACAGGCAGUGAAGCGAAGACUUAACCUGGAUGCCCCUUCAGGAGAUGAAGGAUUCAAAACGCCAAAGUCAACCAAAAAAGCUCGAGCUACGAGCGCUAGCCCAGCUAAUAAAAACAAGCCUCCAAUGACGAGGUACGACACGUCUCUCGGACUGUUGACCAAGAAGUUUGUCGGACUGCUGCAGAACUCACCCAAAGGUGUAGUCGAUCUCAACGUCGCCUCUGAGUGUCUGGAAGUGCAGAAGAGGCGGAUCUACGACAUCACCAAUGUGCUCGAAGGCAUCGGCAUUCUUGAGAAAAAGUCGAAAAACAACAUACAGUGGAAGGGAGGCCAGAUUCCUAUGGACUCACAGAACAUUCUACAAGCGGAGAUAGAUGAUCUGGCUCGACAGGAAAAUAUUUUAGAUGGACUUAUCAGGAAUGCAGCUCACGAUCUCCAAAUAAUGAAUGAGGACAAACGGUACGGCUACAUAACUUACCAGGAUCUCCGCAGCUUUUUGUCUCACAAACAGACGUCGCUGGUCAUCAAGGCACCUCCUGAGUCUAAACUGUAUGUAGAGUCACCUGAAGGAAAAUACGACAAAGAGAACAAACAGCUUGAGUUCAACAUGCAUCUGAAGACUGACCAAGGAGAGAUUGAGGUUUUCUUGUGUCCUGACGAGAGAUCUUCACAACAAAGGGUACACAACCAACACUGGGCCACACUGGACGAGGUGAUAGUCAAGGAGGAUAGGCUACACUCCGAGCCGUCUACUUCUACGUCCAGUCCGCCCAAACCUUCCACCUCCUCCAGCGAUAUGGACGUGCAGGGGCUGUUACCAGACCACCUCAACCCAGACCUGCAGCUGAUGAUCAAGACGGAGGCCUAUCCUCUAGAGACGUCCUCAGGUAGUGGGGUACCCCCUCUGGCACCUGAGGUGACCCGUCGUCUGCGCAACGCUCUCAUAUCCGAGGCAGACGACCUUCAACCCUACCAGCUGCAGACGGAGGACCAACACAGUUCUGAAGCGGACGACCUUUCUUGUCUCACCUCUGAGCCGUUCCUGCAACUAGAACCUCCUCUCUCCGAGUCUGACUACUCCUUCACUCUCGACAAUGAUGAGGGCUUCAAUGACCUCUUCCUCGACAAUAUAUUUAGCUCUGCGCUGUAAUGCUCGUAAAACACCUCUUCUCUCCUUUCUUUCGUCACGAUUGGUGUUUCUCUUAGUUUUCAUGGUAGAUCGAGGAAUCUUGUUUUAAUGCCAAAUUUAAUUCACCUUUUUGCUAUUAUUUUCUAGAAUUCACUCUAAUCAGUUACAACAUUUGCUUUACUCAGUAGGAUGAUACAAGAAUCACUUACUUGAUUAAAACUUUAUUGGUAUGUACGUUACUUCAAACUCUUACUUAACAUGAAGAAAUAUUAAAAUACUUGUGAGUCUAAUCACAAUGUUUAGGUAUAAAAAAUGUAUCAAUUAAAACUUCAAAUUAAAGCCUUUAUUUCGAGGAGUAUUUUAAGACCAUGACAUAUAUAAUCAACUUAAAAAUGGAGUUACAUAUCAUUGAUUACAGAUAAGUUCUAACAUAAUUAUAAUUAUUGUUGAUUCGUGAUUCAGCAACAUGCUUCAGGUACAUCCGAUCUUAAUAAUCAAUAGCUCAGAUGAAAUCUGAUAUUUCACUUAAGGUUCUUAGACAAAAACAUAUAGGAUGAUGUAAUAAGAACUGGUGAAAUACAUCUUUAAUUGAAGUAAGAAUGUAAAACAAAUCAAAUUUUUGGUUGAGGUAUAAAGUAGAUAGUUGAAUGAUGAUGCUUGAUGGCAAAUCUAAAGAUAGGUGAUAAGUUAUUCUAAAGGUAUUCUCAAAAAUAAUCUUUAGUAAGAAGAGGGUAAAAUUGAUUUAAAACAGAGUAAAGCAUUCACAUCCAGUUAUAUGGUUAAAUGGCACCACAAAUAUAGAUUUGAUGGUUAGCUUAACCACCAUUUGAAGAAAAAAAUAUGUAAUUGGUUAAUCUAAAUUCUAUUAUAUUUAGUUUACAACUUUCUAUUUCAAAUUUUCAUUGGUCAAAUGUCAUAGUAAAGCAAAUGUUGUAGUAUUUAGUAAGUGUUGUCAUCAUCUUGUAUUUGUUUUUGUUCUGUCACGUGCAUAUAUGUUUUUAUUGUUUAUAUUUGUUCUAUCAAAAGUUUACUUGAAACGAUAUAUUUCUGUCAAUAACAUUUUUGUAGCGUGUAUACAUUGUAUAUACUAGUACUUACACAUUUUUGAACAUUUUCAUUAGGACUAGCUUUACUAGAGGCGUUAGUGUUGCUGUUUUCAUCAGCUGUUUCUGUAUCAGCACUAAUGUAUGUAAGACUGUAUAUUUGACUCAUUUUAUUUAUAAGAACCGUUAAUUAUCAUUUCCAUUUAUGUAUAUUUUGUACAUAAUAGUUGUUGAUUCGCUUGCUCAAAGCAUUGUUCAACUUUAGGUAACUCUAUCUAAAUUAAGUGUUUUUUAUUUUUUUUAGCUUACACUUAAGUUUCAUAACAAUGUAGGGUUUUUGGAAAGAAGGAAUAAGUUCCAGUGGGAAAUAACAUUUGAUAUUUGAAUUUUUUUAAUCUAGGUACAAAUAAUCAAAGCAUUGCCUUAAAUUUUAAAUUACGUGCUUGGGUUGGCAUUAAUAGUGUUAUCUUAAAUUAAUUUUAACUUUAUAACUAAUUUAUAUGGAUUCAUUUUUGCAAUCCUUAACAAAUCUACCAAUUGGUUUGAUAUAAAUGCCAUAACUAUUUUAACGGUUUUUAGUAAUUUUUUAAUUAUUAAGAAGUCUUUUUAAGUUAUUUUUCCAUUCUUUUUCAUAAAUUACACACAAAAAAAGAAUUAAAUAUAUUUUGGAAAUGGUUUAAAAUGUGAUUGUAAUAAUUGUAUCAACCAUUGUUGUUUGUAUUUGUUUUCGUAAGUCUCUGUGAGAAAUGUUCUUGUUUUUAUCAUGUUGCUUGACAUAAAUUGUUUUGAAGCAACUCUAGAUUUGGGAAGUGAUCACAAUUUGAUUUAAUCAUGUUUAAGUUACAAGUUGUAUUUUCUCAUGUAAAAAUAGUCCUCACUCUAAAUGAUGAAUAGAUUGACACUUUUUUACGCCCAAAAUGUGACCAAAGACAUUGUACGUUGUUUUAUCCAGAGGUGAUUUACUAUUUUUAUUCCAAACCGUUUGUCAAUGUUUUUGUGUUUCCAACAGUUAAGCAGUAGAUUGUCUAAGCGUGACCAGCUAUUUAAUACGCUUAAAUUGUACGAGUGUCGGUCGAUGGUCGAUACCCACCUACCACAGCGAACGCUUACCUCACCCAUGUUUAUAUUGUAACUAGAGGUGUGUGGGUGUAAGAAACUCUGGUUCGGUAUUCAAUUAAAUGUGGAGACUCGGUCGUUGCUACGAUGAAUGAAAACUGAUAGCAUUAAAUAUAUGAUGGUGGCCACGUAAAGCAACCUGAAUUAGAAAAACUAAUGUGUUCGGGAGCAUUUUCAGGUCAAAAUACAACCCCUAACUUUGCGGCAACAAAUAAGCUCCCCCUGUUAUCCAACGGCAAUCGAUUACCCUAGGCAACAAUUCGCUCCCUCACAACCAGAUCCUGGACUGUUUUACUGUACCAAGAUAUAUCUUCUUUAGUUUUGGAUUGGUGGUACUUUGCAGUUGAAAAGUAUGUUAAUUCAUAGGUUUUCAUAAAUUAAAUAAGCAAGUAUCGUUGGUGCAAUAGGAAUUCAGAGUCUUGUCAGGAAAUUGUCAAUCCUGGCUAUAUUCAUCGAAAAAAAUACAAAAAAAUAGCAAUUCGAAAAUGUGCCAUCCUUAAAGAAUGAUAAGUUGUGAAAAUAAUGACGCUUCAAACUAAGUACAAGAAGGGGAUGCACACAAAUCCGUGUUUUUUUUUUUACUUUUUGGAUGUAAAAAAAAUUUAACAGGUCCUUCUCAUUCCUAUAGCUAGAAGUCACUAGUGUGACCCCUCCUUACACCAGUUUGCAUAUAAAAGUAAAGUAAAGAGUAAAGGCAACCAGGUAGCGGUGAUCAAGUCACCAAAAGUGGCUGUAGCCUAAGCAAAAUUGUUCUUUUCUUAUGGUUAAAUAACUGUAACAAAUUUUACCGACCUAUCCCUUAACAAAUUUUAUUUUACAACCCUUAAAAGUUGUUAUCAUAAUGCUACCCCUCCAAAAUCUGCCCUGUCUUUGUGUUCUCUGAGUAAACAUAUAUCUUUGAAAUUUGUCACUGAAAUUAUUUGAAAAUUUGUAGUUUGUUUAACUAAGGUGAUUUCAGAACAAAAUAAUAAAAAAAUAUUAUGCUUACAAACACCAAACUUAAAAUCUUCUACACAACUAACAUUUUUUUGUAUCCAUUGUUAAGUAAAAUUAUUAUUACCAUAAUCUUAAAACUUAUAAUUCAGCUGAACACGUAUUUGAACCGAGCCAAAGUUUCACAUCCACUCACCGAUAAUCGUAACCACUCGGACUUUUGAACCUAUCGUGCCUUUGUAGCCAUCGACCAUCGGUUUAGCGUGGUGAGUUUUAAAAUUAAUCGAUAAUAACUGUAGAGUGUUAAUAUUAUCGAUAAGUUGUUAGUUGCCAUCAUCACACGUUCUCGGAUCACAUCACUGAUCUUGCGUAGUACAAAGCGAAUGUACAUAGCGAUAGUCUACAGUGUGUAGCUAAUAUUAUUUUACGAUUUUCUUAUUUCUUAACCUAACUUAAUUGUGGAUGGUUUUAAGCGGCAUCUGGAACUCGUGCCUUUCAUCAUGAGACUUAGAAUCGAGUGCCUCUCUUCAGUGUCCGUCGGAAGGGCUGAAUAUUCUAAAGGGUAAUAUUUGAAGGUUCAGAACAUUUCGGAAUGAAUUCUAUAGGAAUUCUUGAUAGUUUCCCUCAGCAUAUUUUAGUACUUUCAUAUUUGUAGUUUGUUUUCUGCGGUUCGUAUAGUUUCUCUUUAUACUGUGUCUGAUGAGUUAUCAAACGUAUAAGUUUGUUGUGCCUUUUAUUGAUUCUGUGCCAAAAGCGUAUUUUGUAAAAGCAUCCGCAAUUAAGUAACUGAUGUAUAGCCUUAACAGUUAGUUUAUAGUAUUAUAUAUGAUUAUAUAUAUUAAUAUAUUCACUUCUUGGUUGUUAUACAACUGACAUUUGUAUGUACACAUACAGAUUGUUAUAAUAAUAAAAAGAGUUUGAUG